UUACAGUUUUGUAAGCAGCAAGUGCAUUUUUUAGGACAUGACAUCACUGAACAAACGCGCAUGCUGACUAAAGACCGAGUGAAUGCCAUUUUGACUAUACCAAAGCCCAUGACGAAAAAACAACUGUUGUCCUUUUUAGGAAUGUGUUCCUAUUGUAGGACAUUCAUACCAUCCUAUGCAGAACAUGAGGGACCACUCAGAGAUAUAAUACCGACCAAAGGGUCAAAUUCCUCACAGCCGGAAUGGACGCCGGAAGCUGAGGCGGCCUUCACAACACUGAAACAGAUGUUACAAGUCAUGCCAGCGUUGGGCAUUCCAGACCCAAACAAAUAAUUUGAACAGACAGUAGACGUUAAAGGGCAAUAUAUGACAAGUGUAUUGACACAGAAACAUGGGGACAAACAAAGGCCGGUGGCCUACUUCUCAGGAAAAUUAGAUACAGUCGCAGCAGGCCUACCUUUAUGUGUAAGAGCUAUGGCAGCCGCCGAGAAGGCACUAGUGGCUUCCAGAGACAUAGUAGGCUACGCCAAGCUUACCCUAUAUGUGCCUCAUGCAGUGUCAAGAAUACUGCAAGAUCAAAAGGUGGCACAUUUGUCCACUCAGCGAUGGCUUAGAUACCACACUGCCUUAAUAGAGAUGCCAAAUGUUACUGUGAAACGAUGCACAACUCUAAACCCCUCCACUCUAUUGCCUACAGGGGAGGAGGGAGAGCCCCAUGACUGCCAACAGGUGUUAGAAAUUGCAACAUCUCCCAGAAUAGAUUUAAAGGAGGAACCAAUAUUUAAUGCGGACCUGGAAUUGUUUGUGGACGGUUCAGCUAAACGUGACUCUCAAGGCACUAAUCGAGCAGCAUAUGCUGUUGUGUCACACACAGAAGUGGUGAAAGCAGAAUCACUCCCAUCUAAUUACUCAGCGCAGGCAGCUGAACUUGCUGCACUCAUACAGGCGUGUAAACUAGCACAAGAUAAGACCGUGAACGUCUGGACCGAUUCCCGGUACGCGUGGGGAGUGGCACAUGACUUUGGGGCUAUUUGGAGACAUCGUAACUUCCUUACGAGCUCAGGAGCAAAGAUAAAGAACCAUUGCCUAGUAGCAGAACUGUUGGAAGCAAUCCAACUACCAAAGAAAGUGGCCAUCAUAAAAUGUGCAGCACACACAAAAGCAGGGGACCCUGUGUCGAGAGGAAACGCUUAUGCAGACAAAGUAGCUCAACUCACAGCCACACAACCAGUCCAUACACAAAUGGCACAAAUAGAUAAUGGAACCAGGAUAACAACCAAAGAUAUCCAAAAACAAGCUACUCCACAAGAUUAUGUGAAAUGGAAAAAAGGGGGGUGCAAACAAAUAGGCGGGAUAUGGGUACACCCAGAGAUAAACAAACCCUGUCUCCCCACGGCUUACAUGAAAGGACUAAUUGAGAUUGCUCAUGGGAGGAGUCACAUGAGCAAAGGGGGGAUAGUGGAAAGUAUAACAAAAUAUUGGUAUGCACCAGGAAUAAACACACACACCAGUAAAUUUUGUUCAGCUUUUGAAAUAGUGUUUGGACGGCCUCCCAACACGGGGGUGGGUCCGCCGGACUGGGAUACUAACCUGAUCAAUGAAUCACUUUUGCAGUACUGUGUGUCUCUGCACAAAUCUCUUUCCCAUGUGUCUAAGCAGGUGAAGGCAGUUCUUCCCGAGGUGACGGAUACUCCACUCCACACCCACCAACCAGGUGAUUGGGUGCUAAUAAAGGACUUCAGAAGGAAGCGGUGGAGAGGACCAUUCCAAGUGCUGCUGACGACUAACACCGCCGUCAAAACCGACGGACGAGCAACGUGGAUACACCACACUCAUUGCAAGAAGGCGCCAGAACGACCUGAGGACUCAUGAUGAAUUCUCUGUUUGUCACUAUCCUACUCACUACUCUCGCCCCGAUCGUGGGACGACAACUCCUAGCCGAGGAAGGUGGGGUGUGUAAGAAGAUAAAUGUAUCAUGUUGUUUUCACAUCCCAGAUUAUUAUGAUAAUAUAACAGACCUGACUACACAUAUGAAACAGGACAUCCAGGAGCCGUCCCCAGCAGACAAUUCAUGGUUCUCAUGGUUCACCUCGGCCCUGGGCCCGUGGGGACACUGGGCAAUGACGGUGCUUUUUCCUGUGCUCAUUGUCGUAUUGAUGGUUGUGUUUCCUGCCAUGUAUUAUGAAUUGUUGUGUCACCUGGGUGACUAAUCUUACUCGUGUACAGUAUCAACUGUUGCAAGAACUGCCAAAGGGGGUGGAUGAGGAUUAUGAGGAAUUUAAUGACCUCCAGGCACUAUUCAUUGAAAAUUAAAGUCUAGAUGAUGUUGAUGAUUGACAAAGAAUCAAAGGGGGGAAGUGUGAAGGAAAUAUUGUUGUGUUUCUUUCUCUAUCAUUGUAAAGCGUGAGAAAGCU